AUGGCGCCCCGCAAGCCUCGCUGCAACUUCAAGGAGUGUAAGGAGGCCGCUCAACGAAUUGUUGGCGAUUGCAGCUUCUGCAACGGUCACUAUUGCUCCAAGCACCGCAUGUUGGAAGCUCACUCCUGUACCGGCCUGGAGGACUGCAAGAAGGAGUCGCAUGCCCGCAAUGCCGAUAAGCUGAACAGCGAGCGCACCCACGUCAUCAAGGGCGUAUGA